AUGAAGAGGUUACAAAUUUUUACCCUGUUUCUCCUAGAAGGGUUCUUGUUAUUAUUGUUACAAAUUCAUGGCAAUGCUGCUGCAACUCUUGUUGAAAGUGACAAGCAGGCAUUGCUGGAUUUUGCUGCAAAGCUUCCUCAUUUGAGGGCUUUGAACUGGAAUGAGCAAUUUCCAGUGUGCAAGAAUUGGACUGGAGUUGUAUGCAGUGAAGAUGGCUCGAGGGUAAUUUCACUAAGAUUACCUGGGGUUGGUUUUCAUGGACCUAUACCGGAGAAUACAUUGAGCCGCUUAUCAGAAUUGCAGAUCUUGAGCCUCAGAUCCAAUGGUAUUAAUGGGAGUUUUCCUUUGGAUUUUGGUAAUCUUAAAAACCUUUCUUAUCUUUAUCUUCAGUACAACAAUUUUAAGGGUCCUCUGCCUUCGGAUUUCUCUGUGUGGAAGAACUUGACUGUUGUUAAUUUGUCUAAUAAUGGAUUCAAUGGCAGCAUUCCGUAUUGGAUUAUGCAUUUGAAUCAGCUCACCAGUUUGGAUCUUUCUAACAACUCACUUUCUGGUGAGAUUCCUGGUUCGCAUUUGCCAAAUUUGCAGUUUCUUAAUUUAUCAUACAAUAAUCUUAAUGGCACAGUCCCCAAAUUACUUCAAAGGUUCCCAAAAUCAGUUUUUUUGGGUAAUAAUGAUUCUUUGUUGGAGUAUACUGUUUCCAGUUCUCCUGUCGUUUUAGUUCCUCGUGAUGAAAACCCUAAAAGUAAGAGUGUAGGAAAAUUGAGUGAAAGAGUUUUGCUGGGAAUAGUUGUAGCUGUUUCUGUUGUCGGGCUUCUUGGUUUUGGUUUUCUAUUGUUUGUUUGCCUUCUUAAGAGAAAGACAGAGGAUGAUUUUCCUGGUAAAUUGGAAAAAGGAGGCAUGUCACCCGAGAAAGCAAUUUCUCGGAGCCAAGAUGCAAAUAAUAGAUUGGUUUUCUUCGAGGGAUGCAACUAUGCAUUUGAUUUGGAGGAUUUGUUAAGGGCUUCUGCUGAAGUUCUGGGGAAGGGCACUUUUGGAAUGGCNAAAUACUAG